UAGACACCAAGAGAAGAAGAACGGCUUUGGUAACCGCAGCUUUGCAGAGCUUUACCGAUCGUUUGGUUUAUUCCAGCUUGUGUAGGUGAGGUUUUAUAAAUCAAUACAAACUGAUUAGUGCCUUCGUAAUGUCUGUAAUUUGCUGAUGUGUCCUAUGAUGUAUUGCGUUAGCGGGAAUAUGGCGGUUAGCAUCAGGUCUAGCAACAUUUCAGGAAAAACCGUCAAAUUAUUCUUCACUUUUAAGUUGAAAAAUAAACUCCACCUCCAUUGAGUUAGUUUACAUGAAAUGUCAAGCAGUGCCAUGCUAUCAUUUGUCCUUAUAUAUUAAUUUACAGGCAUUAUAAAUGCAUGUUGAAAGAGAAAUUGAUUAAAAACGUGUCAUCUGCAAGUUACAUUAAUUACUAGUUGUAAUAUUACUGGUCUGAUACAGCUGAAGUUAUAUAAAGCAAAUCCAGAGACAUCCACAAAGUAUGAAUGAUUUGAUUUUUCAUCUCAAGGUAAGACUGAUACAGGUGACACACCUCAACGGAUUCACGGCAGAUCUUCCACCUGGAGCCCAUCUCUUCAGUAAUGUAGUAUCAAUAUAAGGAGAACAAAGUCUCCUUACUUAACAUCUUUUUUAACAGGUGAACAGCAACUACAAGAGCUGCUUUUUUUGAGGUCCUAUAAUCAUUUAACCUGGAACUUUGGAACAUGUCUUACAAUCAUCCAUACCGAAGCCCAGCUGAUGAUUACAGCGCAAGUGAUGACCAAUAUCACCGGGAGUCUACCGCUUACAGGUCGCGAAUUAGGGGCGCAUCUCCAGAGCAGACAUCUCCAUCCUCAUCAGAGACCGUCCUCUCUUCUGUUAAGGCUUUGUCUUUUCUGCAUAGCUGUGGACUGGAUGCUGAAGACCUUCAAACUCUGGCCGAGCUUCCCGAGCAUCUCAUCGCAGCCGAUACUCUUCCGGACCUUCUUGCACAGAUCAAAAAGAAGAAAGCGUCCAGCACUUCUUCAUCUAGGUCCAGUGCGCCCCAAGCCAGUUCGUCAUCUCGCUCCUGGGACGACAGGAGCCACACUCAGCUGGUUGAGUAUCCAUUGGAUUUCCCUGUCCGUCAGUCAUAUUCCAUUCCUCGAGAGCAGCUUCCAACCUGGGACGACCGCUGGGAAAACAUCCAACAAACAAGCUCUCCAUCAUGCACGUACACCAGUUCUGAGUCGAACUAUGUGGUUGACUACAACCAUCUGAAAGACAAAGAGUCUUAUUUUGAUAAAGCGUCUUGUGCCACAGAACCAUCAAGGCAGAAAACGUCUGUUGUCCCGCAGUCUUACUCUAGCCACAGCAGAGAUGCUAGUCAAUCCUCACAUUUGUCCAGCAGAGACGACAGUCAUUCUUCACAUCUGUCCAGUAGAGAUGCUAGUCAAUCCUCCCACCGCUCUAGCAGAGAUGUCAGUCAGUCCUCUUAUCUGUCCAGUAAAGACGUCAGUCAGUCGUCUCAUCGCUCUAGCAGAGAUGUCAGUCACUCGUCACAUCUGGCCGGUAGAGACGUUGGCCACUCGUCACAUCUGGCUGGUAGAGACGUUGGCCAGUCCUCACAUCUGUCCGGUAGAGACGUUGGCCAGUCCUCACAUCUGUCCGGUAGUGAUGUUGGCCAGUCCUCACAUCUGUCCGGUAGAGACGUUGGCCAGUCCUCACAUCUGUCAAGCAGAGAGGUUGGUCUACCGUCACUCCUGUCCAACAGAGACGCAGCUCCACCCUCGCACCUGUCCAGCAGAGGCGCCGCUCCACCCUCGCACCAGUCCAGCAGAGGCGCCGCUCCACCCUCGCACCUGUCCAGCAGAGGCAUCGCUCCACCUUCUCUCCUGUCCAGCAGAGACGUCGGUCUGCCCUCGCUCCUGUCCAUCAGAGACCUUGCUCCACCCUCGCACCUGUCCAGCAGAGAUGUUAGUCAAUCGUCACACCACCGGAGGACAGAGUCGGCUCAUAGAGUGCCUACCAGGAAGGAGGCGUCAGAUUUCCACGGGAAAACUCCACCAGUAUUUCCCUACGCAUGCGUGCUCUGCGAUAUCACUGUCCUCUCUGACAAGGACUGGUCUGUGCAUAUAAAAGGAGCCCAACAUGCGCAUAGUCAACUUAGUCUUGUGGAAAAAUAUCCAGCGUGGGAUCAGUCAAUCCAGUCUGCUCGAAGAAAUGAGCCCCAUUCUGAUCGACUCUCGUCUAGAACAACACAGGAACGAGGUGGAACCUCAAGCAGUAGAAAAGGAUCGUUAGGCAGCAGAAGUGGAGCGUCGAGCAGUAGACAUGCAUCAUCAAGCAGUCAAAACCGCAAUAAUACUGAAUCGAAGUGCAAAGUGGUGUGUGUCAAGUUUGAAGUGGAUGAAUUCGACGAAGCUUACCUGAAAAAAUUGCUUGGCCAGUUUGGGGCUAUUGUCAAAAUUAUUAUGUUACCUAGAAUGGCUUUUGUGAAUAUGGGAACAGCAGGCCAGGCAGAGGAUAUAGUAAAAUAUUUCUACCAAAACCCUUUGAGGAUCAGAGGAGAACUGAUCAAAUUUACUCUGUCUGCAGCAGUCAGUUUCCUACAGACAUCUUGUGUAGUGAGCUUUUCACCGCUACCUUCUGGAGAUGGUAUACGCUCGGAGUUGACGGCCAUUGCUAAGCGUUUCGGAUCAGUAAAAAAUUCACUGUUUCUCCCAAGCCGGGGUUAUGUGGAGAUGGGCAGCAUGGAAGAGGCCAACAAAUUGGUGGAGCAUUAUUCAACCAAUGCACUCAAAAUAAAAGGAAAAACCAUUAACGUUUGCUCCUCAACUGAGUACCAGACACUUGGUAUGAAGGAUGCUGACAAAGAAAAAUCACCAGUACCUUAUAGCAGCAGGAGAAGGAGGAGGAGUUGCAGCCCAAGAAGGAGAUCCCACAGAGAUUCUCCCAGCCCCAAACGAAGAGCUUCUGAGGAGAGGUCCAGGUCUCGCAGGAGUCAAGACUCUAAGAAACAAGAAGAAAGUGGACGCUCACGGGAGAGAACCAAAGAGAGCUCAAAACGGGACAGCUCAUCCAAAUCCCGUUCUAAAAGAAGCACUCCUAAAGACCAGAAACAAAAAACAAAAACAGAAAAGAGUGUGGAGGAGACUGUUGAAGAUGACAGCGAUCAGUCUGAUGUGAUGGCUGAUGAUAGUGAUCUUGAAGGAGUGGCAGUUAUAGCAGAUGAUGGUGAGGCACUAAAUUCAGAAGAUGAGCUCACAGUAGAUGAAGAGGCGGAUGAUGAGGUGCAUGAAACCUCAGAUGAACCGGAACAGGAUGCAUCUGAAGAUGUCCAAGCUGUGAACGAGUCAGAUGAUCAGACUAAACCUUCAGACAUGGACACAUCGAGCAUACAGCCAGAGACGUCAGAGCAUGUACCAACUGCUACAACUUCAGAUAGAUCAAGCGAUUGUAAGGAAGCCAAAGAGCUUCAACAAGGAGAACAAAAAGAGCUUCAAGAAAAGCAAAAAGAGCUUCAACAAGGAGAGCAAAAAGAGCUUCAACAAGGAGAGCAAAAAGCGCUUCAAGAAAAGCCAAAAGAGCUUCAACAAAGAGAGCAAGAAGAGCCAGAAGAGCAAAAAGAGCUUCAAAAAGUUGAGAAAAAAAAGAUUUGGCAAAAAGAGCUUAAACAAGAAAAGCAUAAAGAGCUUCAACACGGAGAACAAAACGAGCUUCAAGAAGAGCCAAAAGAGCUUCAACAAGGAGAGCAAAAAGAGCUUGAGAAUAAGCAAAAAGUACUUCAAGAAGAACAACAAGAGCUUCAAGAUGUUGAGAAAAAAGAGAUUCUGCAAAAAGAGCUUAAACAAGAAGAGCAUAAAGAGCUUCAACACGGAGAACAAAACGAGCUUCAAGAAAAGCAAAAAGAGCUUAAAGAAGAGCCAAAAGAGCUUCAACAAGGAGAGCAAAAAGAGCUUGAGAAUAAGCAAAAAGUACUUCAUGUAAAGAAAAAAGAGCUUCAGCAAAAAGAGCUUAAACAAGAAGAGCAAAAAGAGCUUCAACACGGAGAACAAUACGAGCUUCAACAAGAGGAGCAAAAAGGCGAUACGGUGGAGAUGGAGGAGGAGGCAGCAGAUUUCUCAGAAAAUCUAGAUAAGGAGAGAGUGUUGACAGAACAAGGGGAUGAAAAGGAGAUCUGGACUUCAAGCACUGAGGAAAAGUUUGGCAAAGUUCUUGAGGUGGCAGGUUUUCCAGUGGCUAAAAAAUACAGUGAAGCAGAUUUGCUGAAAAUCGGGAAAAAAUACGGAGAUGUGGCAUGCUGCUGUCUGGUUCGCAGCAAUCGAAAGGUGGAGAAGGCAUUAAUUGAGAUGGUGAAUGGUGCCGAUGCUGCAAAACUUGAAGCCGAGUGUAAAAGGCAACACGUUAAACUAGGUGGCAGAAACUUAAGGAUAUCAGUGUCAAAGAAAUACAGCCAAUUGAACGAGGGGCAAAGGAUUGACUCUGAGAAAGAGAAAGUUAAGGAAGAUAUUGAAGAGAACAAUAAGGAGCCCUCAAGCACACUGGCUUCCAGUGAGGAGAGUACAGUAGUGAUGGCUGAGACCGAGAACUCUGAAGAAGAUGCUGAGGCUCGGGAAGGAAAGGAAACCAACAUGGACACAAUCAUGCAAGCAUCUAGUGAUGAGGAGGAAGCGUAUGGCAGAGUUCUCCAGAUCAGAAACCUUCCAAUGCCUGAUGAGUACACUGAUGAGGAUUUCCUGAGCAUCGCAGAACCAUAUGGAAAAGUAGUACACCAUUGGAUGUUUCGCCUCCAUCAAACGGGACUGAUUGAAAUGAAAAAGGCCUCUGAUGCAGAAAAGGUUGUAGCUGCGGCCAACAUGAAUGAAAUUACAGUUGCUGGAAAAAAUCCCAAGAUUUCAGUGUCUACCAAACAUGCUCAUUUAAAUAAAAGUGAUGGUUCUCUACAAGCAUCUACUGAGUUCGAGGAGGAAAAUGAUGAAUCCAAGACACAAAUCUCUGCUAUUUCUGAGCAGCCGUCUAUCCAAACAUCAGCGAGUGUCAAGGAGUCCUCGAAUGAUAAUCAAGAUGUCAACUCAAAGGCAGAUGAGAAGCAAGAUUCUGCAGCUGAUGAAGGAAGCGGAACGAAGGUGGAAAAUUCAGACGUCGUGCCAGAGAUGCAAACACCUGUGAUGGAUCCAGUGGGGACAGAGUUUGUUCGGCCUGUGGUGGGUUACUUCUGCAGCUUGUGUAAUGCCAUCUAUGCCAGUGAGGAAGAGGCCAAAGACGAACACUGCAGGACCCCAAUGCAUCAUCAAAAGCUGAAGGAGCACAAGGAGCGAAACAAUUCGACAUAAACCAUGACACGGAACAGAAAUCUUUCAUAGACGUUCAUGACGAUAGCGUAACUGUAGCUAAUUCACAUCAUAAUAUGUGUUAAGUGAUUCAGUAGUAAUGCAGAAAUUGUAAUUUUAUUUAGUCUUUUUUUUUUUAAUUAUUAUUAUUACAGCCUGUUUGCUGUGUUGUCUUUCUGUUUCAGCAGUGGUUUUAUCUGGUAAUCAACAAAGUUGUUUUCUUUAAAAAGCAUGUACUUUCGUACAGUGUACUGAACUCGAUUUAUAAGUAAAUAGAAUGCAGUAAAAUCGUUUCUGCUCAAAUAAAGGCAUGUACAGUUAUCAACUAAACGCGCUUGUUUUCUUCAUGCGUGUUUUGAUUGGACGGCUGAUGGUUGUCUCCGCCCACAGUAUGCCGUUUCCAUGGCAAUUCAACAUGGCCGCACACGGAAGACAACCUGUCUUGUCCUCCACACCACUGCAGAUCCUGUUUCACUUGAACGGCUGGUAUUUUGCAGCGUUCUUCAUCGC